AAGCACAAAAAACACGUUCAUUUAAAAUAGUCGGCAAGGAUUAAUGGUUGGUCAGUGCAGAUUAGAGGGAAUCAAUCCAGCUUUUCUAAGAGCGUUGAAAUUUCGCAUACUCCCAAACCCGCUUCCUCAUUCUUCUUUUACCAUUCGAUCCUUUCUCUUCCCAAUCCCUCUUUCAUUCCUCGUUUCCUCCGAACAACAAUGGAUGGUGUCACUGUCAAGUCCGAGGUUCCCGUUCUAGAAUCUUCUGCCCAGAAACCUGGUGACAACGUUAGUUCCAACAUGGAGGAACACCACCUGGUCCAGCCCAACGUGGUUGAUGGGUCAACGAUUCAUCCCUCUGCCAACAAGUCAGUGCCAGCAUCUGGACUUAAUGCAGUGAUUCCUAGUACAAGCCAGCUUACCAUCUUCUAUAAUGGGGGUGUUUGUGUCUAUGAUGGAAUCCCUGCAGAAAAGGUGCAUGAAAUAAUGCUUAUGGCUGCCGCUGCUGCCAAAUCUACUGAAAUGAAGAAGAUUGGGACACAGUCCACCCUCAUUUCACCUGUUCCCACAAGACCUUCUUCUCCACAUGGAAUCACUAACAGUAUUGCUUCAUCCCAGAAUAAUUCAAUCUGCAGGCUGCAAGCUGAAUUUCCAAUAGCACGCAGGCAUUCACUUCAAAGGUUUCUUGAGAAGCGACGAGACAGGCUGGGCAGCAAAUCUCCUUAUCCUUCCUCAUCAACAACAAAAGUGGCUGACAACAUAGAGAACAACUGCUGUGCUGACAAUGCACCAGAAUUGAUUUCCUUGAAACAAUCAGGGGAGGAGUUUCAGCCGACUGUCUCUGCGUCUUGAGCAUUACUAAUGUUUGUUCUAUUUUAUGUGUUGUGGUAGUGUGGAAGAUCAUGAGCGUGCAUGUAGAUCACAGAAAAGGAACUAAUAUAAUUGUAUUAUUAUGUUCUGGAGUCUGUUACUGUGUUUUAUGUGUAACAUAACUGUUGAACCCGAAAUGUUCUGUAGAAGGGUGACUUGAGAAUUGUUGCAUGUCUCUAUGCACGUCUAAGAAGUAUGCUUUGUGUUCUGAUCACCUCAUUGUAAACGUUGUUAUUGUAUGUGACUUUGUGGACAACUGAUUAUCCAUUGUGUCGAUGUUCCAACUUAUAUUUUGCGAUACCUUUUGAGUUUUUUUUAAUCCUUCCUAUUUUUCCUUGUAAAGGAGAACAAUAAUUCGUUGGAAAAAGGUUGAUGGACUAUC